CUGCCAUUUGCAGUCGUUGUUGCUGUGCCACUCCCCCACCAGCUGCCACCAUGCAGAACGAGGUGGGUGACAUGGUGGACCUCUACGUCCCCAGGAAGUGCUCGGCCACCAACAGGAUCAUCACGGCCAAGGACCACGCCUCUGUCCAGAUCAUCAUUGGUCUCAUUGAUGAGAAUGGCCUCUAUGAUGGCCGCUUCACCACCUUUGCUCUCUCUGGGUUUGUCCGUGCUCAGGUCAUUGUUGUGAAGGCCCCACAGGAAGGCGUGGGGGAUUUGGCACAAGGCCGGUGA